AGCCGGAGCCGGGGGAAGACCUCGGCGGGACUGACCUCUGACCCCUCGCGGCCCCCCACCCCGGCCCCGCCAUGAGCCUGGAGCCGCCGCCCAGGGCCGAGCCGAAGUCAGCCACCAGGGUGACCGGCGGCCCCGUCACCCCCAGGAAGGGACCCCCCAAAUUCAAGCAACGGCAGACCCGGCAGUUCAAGAGCAAGCCCCCCAAGAAAGGCGUGCAGGGGUUCGGGGAUGACAUUCCCGGCAUGGAAGGAUUAGGGACAGACAUCACCGUCAUCUGCCCGUGGGAAGCUUUUAACCACCUGGAACUCCACGAGCUGGCUCAAUACGGCAUCAUCUAGUCAGUCGGAUUCACUGAGCGCUUACUGCGUGCCGAGCACUGGACUGAGCGCUUGGGGGAGGGCGACAGAA